AGCAGGUCGUGCAGUCGAUAGCGGAUGGGCUCGAUGUGCUCCACAGCGCGUGCAGGUGCAGCGUCAUUCUGCUCUGAUGUUUGAAUGAAAGUCGGUGAAAACGGUCCGUGCGCGCGCGAGUUUAAACCGGAUACACACACACACACACACACACACACACGCACGCGGACACGGACUCGCCAUGCCUGUAUUCACCGUGAAUGUGAAGUGGGGUAAGGAGAAGUUCGAGGCGGUGGAGCUGAACACUGAGGAGCCUCCGAUGGUGUUUAAAGCCCAGCUGUUCGCUCUGACUGGAGUUCAGCCUGAUCGACAGAAGGUCAUGGUCAAGGGAGGAACGCUGAAGGAUGAAGAGUGGGGAAACAUCAAGAUCAAAAACGGGAUGACGUUCCUGAUGAUGGGAUCAGCGGAUGCGCUGCCCGAGGAGCCGUCCGUCCGGCCGAUGUUUGUGGAGGACAUGACGGAGGAGCAGCUCGCUUCAGCCAUGGAGUUACCGUGUGGACUGACGAAUUUGGGGAACACGUGCUACAUGAACGCCACGGUGCAGUGUCUCCGCUCGGUGCCUGAACUCAGAAACUCCCUCAAAAAGUAUUCUGGUGCGUUGAGAUCCUCCGGAGCAAACGCGCCGUCUCAGUACAUCACAGCAGCUCUGCGUGACCUGUACGAGUCGAUGGAUAAAACUUCCUCCAGUAUUCCCCCCAUCAUCCUGCUGCAGUUCCUGCACAUGGCCUUCCCUCAGUUCGCCGAGAAAGGAGAUCAGGGACAGUACCUACAGCAGGAUGCUAAUGAAUGCUGGGUCCAGUUGAUGCGGGUUCUCCAGCAGAAAUUAGAACCUCAAGAACCUGAAACCCCCAUGGAGACGGGUGACGGUGAUGGCGGAGCUGCAGCUUCAUCCACAAAGAAGAACUUCAUUGACCAGUUUUUUGGGGUGGAGUUUGAAACUACAAUGAAGUGCACGGAGUCGGAGGACGAGGAACCCACCAAAGCUACCGAGAGCCAACUGCAGCUCAGCUGCUUCAUUAACCAGGAGGUCAAAUAUCUGGCAACCGGCAUUAGAUUGCGACUACAAGAGGAAAUAACGAAAUUUUCCCCGUCUCUACAGAGAGACGCGCUCUAUGUGAAAACGUCUAAAAUCAGUCGUCUCCCGGCGUACCUCACUGUUCAGAUGGUUCGCUUCUUCUACAAAGAGAAGGAGUCUGUUAAUGCCAAAGUUCUCAAGGACGUGAAGUUCCCCCUCAUGCUGGACGUGUAUGAGCUGUGCACUGCUGAGCUGCAGGAAAAAAUGAUGCCUGUGAGGUCCAAGUUCAAGGACAUGGAGGACAAAAAGCUGGAGAAACAGCAGCAGAAGAUCAAUAAGAAGGUCGAGGCUCCAAAAGAAGGGAAAUAUGAAGCCUUUUCAUUUCCUGACGAUCUGGGAUCCAGUAAUAGCGGUUACUAUGAGCUGCAGGCUGUUCUGACGCAUCAGGGCCGCUCGAGCUCCUCCGGCCAUUACGUCGCCUGGGUCAAGAGGAAAGAAGAUGAGUGGGUGAAGUUCGAUGACGAUAAGGUGAGCGUGGUCACGCCAGAGGACAUCCUGAAGCUGUCGGGAGGCGGAGACUGGCACAUCGCCUACGUGCUGGUUUACGGGCCGCGGCGUCUCGAAGUCAUGGAAGAAGAACAGAAACAAUAACACACACACACACACACACACACACACACACACACACGAGAGCACGCGUUCUUUACCGCCAUCUCCGAGCACUGUCUGCGUAAGAUGUGCAAUAAACCUUGGUGUCUUUCAAACCCCACCUCGCGUCACGUCAGCGUGGUCUCUGUGCACGCAUCCGGGGCGGCCGUGAUGCGUAUUCGCGUGAUGGUUUUGGAUUUUUGUGUUUUUAUUAUAUAUUUUUUUUGGUAACUUCUCCAUCAUCUCCAUCUCAUCAUCUGCGGAUUUGAGGCGAUCACUGAAAAUAAACUUGGGCUGAAGGAAGGAAGGAAGAGGAGAAGUAGAAAUGUUAUGAUUUUCUAAACAUUUUAUACGUACGUUUUUUUUUUCUUUCUUUCAAAAACGUGAAAUUUCCUUCAUGCGGUCACACCUUCGGCAGUCGCCAUGGCGAUGAUGAUACGACAAAUUAAAAGACGCAUUUCUGGAUUUGCUAGGUGAUAGCGAUAGUACGAUAAAUAAAUCGCAGUACAAUUGUGACGCCAUAUACAAAACUAAUUCGUGCAACACUAAAGGUCGUGACCCCGAAUGGGCCGGGUUUCGUUCUGUCCUCGUAGCCACAUCGUAGAUCAGAAUUUUUGGUCAACUAGCGCAAGUCGACAUGCUAGCAAACCAGGGCUACUCGUUUUUUCGUAAAAAAACAUUCGUGUAACAUUCGCAUUUAGCUACUUUAGUGAAAAUAAUUAAAAUACUAAAUUUAUUUAAACAAAUACAGCACUGUGUGUCGGGGAGAAUAUUGGCGAUGUAUGGUUUUUUUUUUAUUAUUAAAUUUGACUUGUGAUGUUUGUUUGUUAGCUAACUAAGGACAAGGCUAGCUAUGGAAUUAUAUUUGUGCCACUAAAUUCAGGAUUUUAAAUCACAACGUACGUCAAAAUUUUUGGUCGACAUGCUAGCAAACCAGAGCUACUGUUCUUUUUCGUGAAAAACGUUCAUCCAACAUAAGCAAGACUAUCUGGCUAACAUUCGCAUUUAGCUAAUUUAGUGAAAAUGAUUAAAAUACUCAAUUUAUUUUCACAAGUACAGCACUGUGUAGCGGGGGAGGGGGUGAUGUUGUAUGAUUGGUUGAUUAAAUUUGACUUGUGAUGUUUGUUUGCUAGCUAAUUAAAGAUAAGGCUAGCUAUGGAAUUAUAUUUGCGCCACAAGAUUUGGGAUUUUAAAUCACAAACAUGAAUGUUACUCAUUUUGUAUUUGUAAUUAAAAUGUUCAAAUCCAGAUUUACAUCUUCGACCAAUCACAUAUCUUUAAAAGAAACAAAAAAAAAAAAAAACAACUUUGUGCAUUUGACUGAGCUUUGAACUGAAUUUGCGAUGUGUUGUGCUACGAAAAUCAGAAUUUGAACUUGUCCUUAUUGUUACUUGGAGCAGAAACCGUGAGUUUUACGGAUUUUUACGCAGAAAUUUCAGCGUAAAGAUUUCAAACGCGAGUGGCACAAACGUGAUUCCACGCUAGCUCAGGUGUGUUAGGUUACCUGGUUACUUUCGACCACAGAUCAACUUCAAUCGACAAAAACAAACACACGCUAUUCGUUCCUCGUUAGUUGGAGUGAAGGUUUGUUCACGUGAACAGGAUUAAGGACACGUACGCCGCUGCUUUUUUUAAAAUUUCCCUACGUAGAGAGCUGCUUUCUGACUGAAACACGAAUCUAUCCACAGGUAUGGUGAUGUCAUUUUGUUUUUUUUUUUGUUUGUUUUUUUAAAAAUGACUCAAAUUUGUCCAAAAUCAGAAAGACAUCAGUUCUUACUCUGUGACUGACUAUAAAUCACACCGGAGGUGUUUGUCAGGAAAAGUCUGCGAUGGAAACAAACAGUGGGCCUCAUUUAUCAGAUUAUUUAGUAACGCUUUCUUAAAUGUGUAAAUAUUUUCACUGGACAAACUGAACUAAAAAAUUUCCACCCGAUUUAAACGUUUCGCUGAAUUUCUUCGUGCACACGUUUGUCCGAUAAACACCAAUCAGACGUAAAUGACAAAUUACUAAGCACGGCUGAUUUACAAUUAGCCACGCCCACUACACAUGUUCCGACCGUGUCGUAAGCAUGGUGUGAGCCGCCAGGGUGCCAUUACUUUUGUCCUGAUUGAACGGCUAGUCUGAUUGGUCUUGGAAUCACUUUCUUUGCUUAUAUGUAAGUUCUCAUAAACACAGACACAUUAAAAAAAAUAA